GUGCUCUGGUUGCCAAACAGAGGACACGUGUUGUGGUUUGGGUCUUGUGCCUCCACCCCCUCACCUGCUGAGCCCUAUAACUUUCAGGGUUGACACCCCUCCAACCAAGCCAAAACGGCUUGGCUUCGCGCUCCACAGGGUCCCUGCAGAGAAGACAUGGCUACUCAACACCUUUGUCUCCUGCUUUUCACCUGCCUGCUGGCCCUGGCAGCAUCUCUUCCUGCCAUUGACAUAAGAAACUUGCAUCUCUUAAACGGCACGGUGGAUGAAAUUUUGAAUGUCCCCCCAGAGUCCUCCCAGACUGAUAAUGAUGGCCAACAUGUUCGACAGGCCAGAGACAUUGGCCCUCACCGACCGGCAGUCCGUGCCCCAGGUUGGCCCAAGGACUGCAGCGAGAUCCCUGCUGGCAGCCACAGUGGUGUCUACAUCAUCCAGCCAAAAGGGCUCCACCACCUUGUGGUGUACUGCGAGAUGAAUGUGACCAACGGGGGCUGGACGGUCAUCCAGAGGAACCAGAAAGACACACCAGUCACCUGGGCAGAGUCCUGGAGCACCUACAAGUACGGCUUUGGGAGUGUGCGCAGCGAGUACUGGCUGGGCACCGAGUACAUCCAUCAGAUCGCCAAGCAGAAGGUCUACCAGGUCAGGUUUGUCAUCCAGGACUCCAAAGAUGUCAUCCACAUCGCAGACUACAAUCUCUUCAGCGUGGAAGAUGAGCCACACGGCUACCGGCUGCGGCUGGGAGCGUACUCAGGAACGGCAGGGGAUGCCAUGACCUCAGACAAUCCCAACAACAUGCAAGACAACAUGAAGUUCUCCACAAAGGAUCGGGAUCAGGACACUUACAGUAGGAACUGUGCCUACAGCUAUGAGGGUGGGUGGUGGUACUCAGCGUGUUAUUCUGUACGGCUGAAUUUCAAGGGUGGUCUGACAUGGGGCAACCUCUGCAAAGGGAACUGCAAGUCCUCCCUUAUCCUUAUCAAACCAGCCACAUACUGUUAGUGCUUCUUCUUCUUCUUGUCCACGCUGGACGCUCUCGUUGUGCAUGGCCAAAGAGCUUGAGCCUUUCUGGAGCAGAGAGAGGAGCCCGAGGGUAGGAGGGGCUGGUGAGAUUCCCUUCUCUGAGUGCAGGCUCCCCCUCUGCUUGGCUCUUUCCCCUGUGCUUGCUAAUGAUUCCUUGGUAUUAAGUUCAUAAUCAAGAAUAAACAAAUCACUUGGGAAAUUUGUGCUUUCCACUUGCGGGAGGAGGACCCUCAGCCCUGGAGGGACUUUUCAUCACAGUUUCAUAGCUGCCUCCAGAACUCAUGGCAAGAGAAAAAGCUACGUGCCACAAUGUCCAUGUACUCUGCGCCUGGUAAAGCAUCCCAAUAAAUUUGCUUCCUUGAGCUCA